UCGAUGCUAGGGGAGACACUCAGCACCAGACAGCAGCAGCAGUAGACAGCAGCAUCAGACAUGGGCAUCGAGAAGUACGCUGGCCGCGUUGCCCUGGUUACUGGCGCCAGUUCCGGCAUGGGCGCCGCUAUCGCUCAGGAACUGCUGAAGAACGGUAUUCAUGUGGUCGGCCUCGCCAGGAGGGUGGAACUGAUCAAGGCUCUUGAAGUGAAGGGAUCGCCAGGAAAACUGUACGCUCUUCAGGGAGACGUGGGGAAAGUAGAAAGCAUCCUCUCAGCUUUCAAAUGGAUAAGGGAGAAUCUCAAUGGAGUCGACAUCCUGGUCAACAGCGCCGGUGCCGACUACGAGACUGAUUUUAUAUCCGGUAAAACAGAACACUGGAGACAGAUGUUUGAGGUGAACGAGCUUGGCCUGGCCAUCUGUAGCAGGGAGGCGGUCCAGGACAUGAUGAGGAGGGGUGUCGACGACGGCUUCAUCAUCCACAUCAGCAGUACUGCGGCCCAUAUACCGAUUUUCAAUGAUGGCCUCGGGAUGCACUCAGCCAACAAAACAGCUGUGAGGAUUAUGGCUGAAGGACUCAGGAAGGACCUCGUCGCCAAAAAGAGCAACAUUCGUGUUGGGCAAAUUUCUCCAGGGGUCGUGAAAACCAAUGCGAUGAACCAGUCUGAAAGGUGGGCACAAACGUUCAAGACAAUGCCUUGCUUGGAAGCGGAAGAUAUAGCAAAGGCCGUGGUCUACAUGCUUUCCCAGCCCCCAAGGGUUCAGGUUCACGACAUCAUUAUCCGGCCAACAGGAGAAUUUUACGAAUGAUUUUGCACUGCAUGUUUCUUUCAGUGUACUGUAAUUUCUGAUUUUAAGGUUAACAAAACAUGCAUAUGUAGUACACUGAAGAGCCAAAUAAACUGGUACACCUGCAUAAUACUGUGUAGGGCCCCCGUGGGGACCCAGAAGCGCCGUAACACGACGUGGCAUGGACUCAACUAAUGCCUUAAGUAGUGCUGGAGGGAACUGACACCAUGAAUCCUGCAGGGCUGUCGAUAAAUCCGCAAGAGAACGAGGGGGUGGAGAUCUCUUCUGAACAGCACGUCGCAAGGCAUUCCAGAUAUGCUCAACAAUGAAACAUCCUGGCAGAUUAAAACUGAGUGUCGGACUGAGACUCGAACUCGGGACCUUUAGCUUUCGCGGGAAAGUGCUCUACCAAAGAGUCUCGGUCCGGCACACAGUUUUAAUCUGCCAGGAAGUUUCAUAUCAGCGCACACUCCGCUGCAGAGUGAAAAUUUAGUUCUGGACGCUCAAUAAUGUUCAUGUCUGGGGAGUUUGGUGGCCAACGGAAGUAUUUAAAUUCAGAAGACUGUUCCUGGAGCCACUCUGUAGCAAUUCUGGACUCAUGGCGUGUCACAUUGUUCUGAUGGAAUUGCCCAAGUCCGUCGGAAUGCACAAUGCAGGUGAUCAGACAGGACGCUUACUUACUUGUCACCUUUCAUUGUCGUAUCUAAAGGUAUCAGAGGUCACACAUCACUCCAACUGCACACGCGCCACAUCAUUACUGAGCCUCCACCAGCUCGAAUAGUCCCCUGCUGACAUGCAGGGUACAUGGAUUCAUGAGGUUGUCUCCAUACCCGGACACUUCCAUCCGCUCGAUACAAUUUGAAACGAGACUCGUCCGACCACGCAACAUGUUUCCAGUCAUCAACAGUCCUGUGUCUUUGUUGACGGACCCAGGCGAGGCGUAAAGCUCUGUAACGUGCGGUCAUAAAGGGUACACGAGUGGGCCUUCGGCUCCGAAAGCCCAUAUCGAAGACGUUUCGUUGAAUGGUUCGCACGCUGACACUUGUUGAUGGCCCAGCAUUGAAAUUUGCAGCAAUUUGCGGUAGGGUUGCACUUCUGUCACGUUGAGGGAUUUUCUUCAGUUGUUGGUCCCAUUCUUGCAGUAUCUUUUUCCGGCCGCAGCCAUUUCGGAGAUUUGAGGUUUUACCGGAUACCUGAUAUUCACGUUACACUCGUGACAUGGUCGUACGAGAAAAUCCCCACUUCAUCGCUACCUCGGAGAAGCUGUGUCCUAUCGCACGUUCAAACUCACUUAAAUCUUGAUAACUUGCCAUUGUAGCGGCAGUAACCGAUCUAACAAUUCCGCCAGAAACUUGUUGUCUUAUAUAGGCAUUGCACACCGCAGUAACGUAUUCUGUCUGUUUUCAUAUCUCUGUAUUGGAAAAGACAUCCCUAUGCCAGUUUCUUUGUCGCUUCAGUGUAUAAUGUCAUGUGCAGCAAAUAAAACAACAUAAAAAUGAAA